UGAGUCGUUACCGGGAGCCGCAAACAAGGUGUACAAGUAUCUGAAGAGCUGUCGGGAUGCAGCAGAGCGGAGCGGCUGGAGGCCGUGGCUGCGCGCUCUUUUCAGUGCUGGGCAUCCUAUUUUUCCAGGGUGUUCAUAUCGUCCUUUCCUUGGAGAUUAAUGCAGAUGUUCAUGUCCGAGGUUAUGUUGGAGAAAAGAUCAAGUUGAAAUGUACCUUUAAGUCAACUUCGGAAGUCACUGACAAACUGACCAUAGAUUGGACAUACCGCCCUCCCAGCAGCAGUCGCACAGAGUCUAUUUUUCAUUAUCAGUCUUUCCAGUACCCAACCACAGCAGGCACAUUUCGGGAUCGGAUUUCCUGGGUUGGAAAUGUGUACAAAGGGGAUGCAUCUAUAAGCAUAAGCAAUCCUACCCUUAAGGACAAUGGGACAUUCAGCUGUGCUGUGAAGAAUCCCCCAGACGUGCACCAUAAUAUCCCCCUGACAGAGCUAACGGUCACAGAAAGGGGUUUUGGCACCAUGCUGUCCUCUGUGGCCCUUCUUUCCAUUCUCGUCUUCAUUCCCUCAGUGGUGGUGGUGGUUCUGCUGCUGCUGAGAAUGGGGAGGAAGGCUGCGGGGCUGAAGAAGAGGAGCAAGUCUGGCUAUAAGAAGUCAUCUAUUGAAGUUUCAGAUGACACUGACCAGGAGGAGAAAGAUGAGUGCAUGGCAAGGCUUUGUGUCCGUUGUGCCGAGUGUCUGGAUUCAGACUAUGAAGAGACAUACUGAUGAAAGUCGGCAGAAUGUAAGAAGAGUCACCUAACAACAGAAAACAUCCAUUCUGCUGCAGCUGUAGCCUUUCCAAAGGAGGGGAGCUGGCCAGGACAGCAGUGACGGAGGAUUCUGGAGGUCUUCAGUAAAGACUAUGAACCAUUUAUUUAUUGAAGAAAUCUUCUUUUUGUAUUUAUAAACUGUUCAGAAACUUUCAUAAGAGACUCAUGACUUCCCCUUUUAAAAAGUUACACUCUAAUUGAAUGAAGAAAUUCUUUCCUUGAAGAGAAAGAUAACUUUUUGGUUUACCUUUGCUCUUGAAUGUAUUAUGUUUUCUUCCAAUUGUUUGAAGGAGAAUCCUAAAUGUGUGCCACACUGCUGAUGCCAAAGUGCUAUUUUUUACUGAAGCAAAGCUUGCAGCUCCUGAUGAUGGGCUACCAGACAAAAGGCUUGUUUGGGAUAGAUGUCCAUUGUUUUUUAGCCAUGAACUUUUCCAGCUGUGAGUCUACAACAUACACUACUUGGUUCAAUGAUAUAAUCAUUGGUUGUAUCUGGGUGACUUGGAAUGAGCCCCUAAUUUUUUUAGAGUUGUUAGGACCAGGAGUCAUUGGUUUGCUUUGACUGGGUUUUUAAACUAUUAAAGUAUUAUCAUUUACACUUAAGGAAAGGACUAGUGAGGUAGAGGAAUUAUUUUUGUUUGUCUUGCUAGGUGCAAUUUGGGCCAAGGAGCUUUGUCAUUCUACUUUCCUAUAGUUGACUAAUUUGUGGUUUCCUUCUUGACUUUUCAGGUCAGAGGCAAGAAAAACUCCUCAAAAGGUUUUAAGUGGGGACUUAUAGAAUAUAUUGAACAGUUAGUUGAAAUUAAAUCUUUUCACUUGUAUUGUUCUUCAAAACUUUUUUGGUCUAAAAUACACCAAUUAUGAGUGAACUAUGGUAUUUGCAAGCUAUUUUGCAUAAUAUUGGAGAGGAGGAAGUAAGGUUAUGCACAACAUCUAUGUCUUCUUUCUCUUCUCUCUAUACCUCAAAACACAUUCCUCCAUUCUACAGCAACCUACUUCACUUUUUGAUUAUCCCUUCUCCCAUCUUUGUUGUUUCAGCAGAGAAUGGUCCCUUUCCAUGGUUCUUCCCUAGGUGGCUCAGGAGGCUUUCCUAUGGUAGUAUUAUAUACUAUAUAUGUUUUUUAAAAAUCAGUUCUACAUUUUCUGCCAAGAUCUAAUUUCUAAAAUUUGUGCCAUUAAUUCCAUCCCAAUGAUUUGGCCUGGUCUCUUUUGUUAAUUUAGUGCACAGAUUAGAAAAUCUGGUUAUUUGAUAGAUAUUUUUGAAUUGUUUCUGGUCACAUCAGUCUGUUGCAGAGGCCAAGACAGGACUGAUGUUUACAUUUCCAGUGAUUAAAUUUUAUACUUUUUUUUUUUUUCACCAUUUGUUAAUUAUGUGAUUCUCUGUGGUCAAUUUAAUGAGACCAUUCUGGUGCCUCAAAAGAGAGGAAAAUUUGAGCAGCUGAUCUUGAAGAUUUAAAAAUAGAGAUGAAAUACUGAGGGGGACUUUUUGUGGGUCUCAUUUCUCUGAGAGAGAGAGAGAAGAGAUCACGUUACAGGAACCCAUUUGAAGCCACAUCCCAUUGAAGGAGGAACCAGAGUUUGGGUUAGGUUUUCUUGCAAAGAUUAGUCUGUCUUGGAUGUUUGCUGCUUUAGGUAAAUGGUGCUCUGUGAAUACUCAGACAUGUUAUUUUGUAGCCUUUAUCAUGAUUUGACCCAGUCCCUCUAUUUUAAAUGACAGAACAGUAGAAUCCUUCAUGGUAAAGGAAUAAGUUGGUACUUUAUUCUGCUUCAUGGGUUUGUGGUCACAUCCCAGUCCAGGCUGCCCUGUUUCCUUCCUGUGUAUUGACACUUGAGUUGCUGCUUUUUACCUCCAAAGGAGCAGAAAAGUGUAUAGACCCGUGCCUUCUUAGAGGAUGGAAGAAAGAUAAAGUGUUUUCUUUUUGUUUGUUUAAUGUACUGUUUUAAUAACUUCUAAGGUCUUAGUCUAUUUAUUUCCUUUUGCUGCUCUGUGGGCACUUAUCACACCAUGUGGUGACUAGCCUUAUCUAGAGAGGGAGUUUCAUUAAAAAGGCAUUAAAAACCUUCAGAUUUUUUCUUUGCUUUCUCAAGCUUUCUUGUGGUUAUGUUAUCUUACCAAUUUUAUGCAUUAGGUUUCUUAAUUCUGUUACACAAUGUAAAUUUAUAAAGUGCUUUGUGUUUCCCCUGUUAGCUGUUACUGCAGGUCACGUGGGAAACAUCUUAAUUCUCUUGAAUUGGGUGCUAUUGCUUCAAGAGAGAAGCUUGCACGUGCUUGUUUUUAAAACAACAACAACAAAAUUCUGGGGACCAUAUCCUGAACUUGAAUGUUGCAUAAUGAACUACUCAGCUGUAGUCAUAAAGGAGAACUGUAAGAAUAUCCAUUGGAAUGGAGCAAGACUAUUACUUAAUUACACAACUCAAAACUUUUAGAAGAGGCAGCUGCAUUCCUUUGUCUGCAGUGUUGGACUGUUAACUGCUAUACCUGGUUUCCUUUUUUGUUCAUUUGUUUUGUAGGAGGGCAUGCACUGUUAGGCCAUGUGCACACAAUUGUAACUCUUGGUAUCUUUAUUCUAUCACAGUUAAUAAAGUUCUUUGUACCUUCUGGCUA